CAAGGGCAUUGAGGAGUCCAAGAAAGAUAGAGAAAACUUUCUGCUGAAACAGAGAAGAUGAUGUCUAUGUUCAAAGAGAUUGAGAAGAAAGCGUUUGUUGUUCAGGAAGAGUAUAAGAAAACACAGGAGAUGAUAGACAACCAUAAAGUUGAGCUUGACAAAACUAAGGAAGAAUACACCAAACAAAAAAAAGCAAUGGAUGAACUGAGAGCCACAGAGGUUGACGCUGAGUACAAAUUGCAAGAUACAAAAAAGCUUGCCAAGGAGUGGGAAAUGAAGGUGAAAACAUUCAAGAAAAGGCUUGAUGAAAUUCAUAUAAUGUUGUUAAACACAUGGAUCAAAUCCAAAAGGAUGCUGUUGAUCCUGAGAAACUCAAAGUGA